GGACCCCCUCUCAUUCUGAGUCUGAACCGAGCCAGAUUGCUAUCACAGACGCCUACAUCACUGAGACUUUUCAGCUGAUCGGGAUCACUGACGCCUUCAUCACUGAGACUUUUCAGCUGAUCGGGAUCACCGACGCCUGCAUCGCGGAUACAAUCCUGCCAACCACUAUCGCAGACACCUGCAUUGCUGGCACAAUCCUGCUGACUGCUAUCACAGACGCCUGCAUCGCCUGGCACGAUCCUGCCUGGUCAACAGAGACAGAGAAGUGCAGAUACUGAGCAGAGGGCAGGAGAGGAACACAAAUACCCCCGAGCAGAGGAACUCCGAAAGAGAGAGAGGCGGUAGGGCAGUUAAAAGAGAGAGAAGGGUGAAAGCAACAGGGGCAUCGGGGGCAUCCUGCUGGGGGUGGAACAGGGGCACAACCGGUCCUUAAUCGGGCUAUAGAGGGACGGCUGUUACCAUGGGGUCCAGUUCCUCAUCCUACACCCCAAAAUCCAUCUAUCUGGACGUGGAUGGAAAAGUCCAGAAGGUGGUGUUCAGUCGUCACUGUUCUCCAUGUGACAUUAAAGAACUCCUCUGUUCCUCCUCCAACAUACCCAGGAACACAGCCAUCAUGAUGGUAGACCCCGAGGGGGCCCUGGUCUCAAUUGACCCCACCAUGCCAACUAACUCCCCCAGCUCCCUGUACAAGGUGGUGCCCCUGUCAACUGGACAACUUGGAGAGAAGGAGGACAUGUUCCAGAAUGUUCUAUCCCAGGUGGCUGAGCAGUUCAGCAAGGCUUUCCGAAUAAAUGAGCUGAAAACAGAAGUGACCAACAGGCUAGCCAUGCUUGAAAAGAGAGUGGAGUUGGAAGGCUUGAAGGUGGUAGAGAUCGAGAAAUGCAAGAACGAUCUCAAGAAACUCCGUGAUGAGAUGACCUCCAGAGCAGGCGGAAGGGUGAACUGUCCGUGCAGGUAUAACUUCUCAGAUGAUGGGAAGAAGCUAACUCCUCGCCGUGACGUCCCUAGCUAUCCAAAGUACACACUUUCUCAGGAGACCAUCGAGGCUCUGAAAAAGCCCACCUUUGAUGUCUGGCACUGGGAACACAAUGAGAUGCUGAGCUGUCUGGAGUACAUGUAUCACGACCUCGGGCUGGUGAAGGAGUUCAACAUGAACCCCAUCACGCUCAAGCGCUGGCUGGUGAGACUAGCCAUCCAGGAGAACUACAGGAACAACCCCUUCCAUAACUUCCGCCACUGCUUCUGUGUCAGCCAGAUGAUGUAUGGCAUGAUUCACCUCUGCAACCUGCAGGAGAAGCUGACUUUGACAGACCUGGGGGUGUUGAUGACGGCCGCUGUUUGUCAUGACCUAGACCACCCGGGAUACAAUAACACGUAUCAGAUAAAUGCGCGCACAGAGUUGGCUGUGCGCUAUAAUGACAUAUCUCCUCUGGAGAACCACCACUGCGCUGUGGCCUUCCAGAUCCUCUCUCUGCCCGAGUGCAACAUCUUCGCCAACGUAGAGCCUGAGGCCUAUAAGCAGAUCCGACAGGCCAUCAUCACCUUGAUCUUAGCCACAGACAUGGCACGACAUGGCGAGAUACUGGAUUCUUUCAAGCACAAAGUGGACAAUUUCGACUUCACCAACGAGGAGCACGUCACAUGUUUGAAAAUGGUCCUGAUCAAAUGCUGUGACAUCUCUAAUGAGGUGCGGCCGACGGAAGUGGCAGAACCGUGGGUGGACUGUCUGCUAGAAGAAUACUUCAUGCAGAGUGACCGGGAAAAGUCAGAAGGUCUCCCAGUUGCCCCCUUCAUGGACCGAGAAAAAGUCACCAAGCCAACGGCUCAGAUCGGAUUCAUCAAGUUUGUGCUCAUUCCCAUGUUUGAGACAGUCAUGAAGCUCUUUCCCCAGAUAGAGGAGAUCAUGGUCCAGCCCCUCAGGGACUCCCGUGAUCACUACGAGGAACUCAAGCAGAUUGAUGACGCCAUGACCGAGGGAUCUCAUUUUCUGCUGCGAUUCCAAAGUGCAAAGCGUUUGUCCUUUUAAGACUGUAGUCGUGUCCUGCAGUACCAAGGCUAGCCUGGAGGGGAAGCUAGACCUGGGUGCCCACCCAGAGACGGAGCUGCUGAGGAGUCAGUCUCCUCUAAGGGUGUGCAAUGGCUCUGACCUGACUCUGACCUGUCUUUGACCUUUGACCUGAUUUGCUUGGCUACUGGACAUCUGAAGAUCGGAGGAAAUCUUCCACAAUAUGUGGAAAAAGUCCAGAGGGGUAUUUCACAAAACCUAGAUAAGGGAUUAAGCUGGGAUUUUUUGGUUAUGCUGGAUGAAUUUAGCCUUGACUUGGUUUCACAAAAGAGAUGGCACAUAAGUUACCAUGGGGAUUUUAUUCUCUGCACCUAGCCUGGCCCCAACAGCCAGGCAUAGUUCAUUCUAAUGUUAAUUAUGUUGUCUUAUUGGUUCACCCAGCUGUCAUUCAAAUCAGACCUCCAUGUGAUUUUUUUAAGAGCUUUACUCCAUUUAUAUACUACAAGUAUUUGCUACAUGUAUUUACUCGCAAAACAAAACAGAUUGUCUGCCUAAUACUAUAUGGUUAUAAUUUUAGUAGUUGAUUUGAAGUGGAGGGACAAUUUUUUGAAAGUGUUUUCAACUAAUUCGGUUAUAAAGACAAUAUAAAGGUAUAUAUAGUCAUACUAUGUGCAUCUUUGCAGUGGCAAGCCCUUUCUUAAUGACGUUGCGUGCCAAGACAAGAAAGCACACGGUGCAUAUGUAAAUUUGCAUUCACCUACUCCAGCUCUUGUACAGAAAUAGCCAUGAUUCCCCAUUAAAAAAAGGAAAACUUUACUUUAUUGUUAGUCUAUAU